AUGGGCGUCAAGGACCUCGGCAGUCUCGCGAAGAAGCUCGCUCCGUCCAGCAUCACUAUUGUACCUAACUGGACGACCUUCGCCGGCAGGAAAAUCGCCAUCGACGCAAGCGUGCUCACGAACCGGUUCCAUUUCGGCCGGCUUCGCACAGACGAGAUUGGCGAGGACGUGAUCAACGGCGAUCACCACGCUCGAUUAUGGUACCGCUUCAUCCAGACUCUACGGAUGUACGGCGUCUCGCCCAUCGUCGUCUUCGACGGCUCGACGAGGCUCGAGGCGAAGGCGAGGGAGGUACAGCGUCGUCGGAAAGUCUACAGCCUCAUCAAGGCGCGAGCAAAGGCUGAGGUGGAUCGGAGCGACAGGCUGAAGGAGAUGAAGGAAGUUUGGGACAAGGUGGGAGCGGAUGAGCGGCCAGUCGUGUUGGAGCAGCUGAAGGAGGCGAUGGAGCGGAUUGAGAGGGAGCGGCGAAUGAGGAUCGAGGAGGAAGCACGCGCUGCGGCUGCUGCAGCCGCACCACCCGACUUGGAGACGCGGAUAGCGGCAGACAAGCUCGCGUCUGAGCUCCGACGACUCGAGCUCGUAUUUGAAGGGCGCAUCGCUCCGGAAGCGGGAACAACUCCCGGUCAGUCGACAGAUCCUGUGCCUCCGCCGCCAACAGCACCUGCUCCUCCCGCACAAGCGACGCCUAUACUGGCAGAAGACGCUCCUCCUCCCAAAACCGAAAUUCCACCGUCGCCCGCUGCGGUCACCUCUCCACCACCGACUCCUGCUCCACCUCUACCCAUACCUCCGCCUCCUCCUGUGCCGCCUAUCGCUGAACAACCACCUGUCGUCUCCCUCUUCGACCAUCUCGAGGAAGGACCCGUCAAAGCGCUCGCCCAGCUUCACGAGGCGCAAGUCGCCGAUGCAGGCGCCGCCGUCUACUCUCGGCGACAGAAGUCGGUCGCGCUCGAUCAGAAUGCGCUUUUCGGCAUUCUGUCGGAGACGGAUGGGAGGAAGCCUGUGGUUGUCGAGAAGCCUGCCGCGGUCGAUGAGGACAUCUCGACAGAGGAGCCUUUCGAGGCGAGCUGGCCUGAUCUCGACUCAGCCGGGGGCAUCGAGAGCGGGCUCGGUAGACUCGUGCACCGGAGCACGAGCAUCGCAGUCGACUACAAGCACAACAGCUUUCCUGUCCCCGCUGCCGCUCUCCACAAGUCGCGCGAAAUCAUCCAGGCCAUGGGCGUUCCUUGGCUCCAGCCGGGUCCGAACAACCCGUUCGAAGCGGAAGGCGUCUGCUCGGCUCUGUACCAGGCCGGCAUCGUCGACUGCGUCGCCAGCGAGGACACCGACGUUGUGGUCUUUGGCGCUCCGCUCCUGCGAUACGCCACGACGACCGAGAACCCGAAGAACCCGAUGUACGUGCUCGACCCGGUUGAACUGCGGAAGCAGCUCGACUUGACGAAGGAGCAGCUUGUCGACUUGGCGAUCCUCCUCGGCACCGACUUCACCGUGCGAAUACCGCGCCUCGGCCCCGUCACGGCAGUCACCCUGAUGCGGCGGUACGGCAGCAUCGAAGCCAUCGUCGACGUGCUCGCGAAGAAGGAGCACAAGGGUCGCGAGUUCAAGCCGGUCGAAGGCGACUUCGAAGCCUACCUCGAGACGGUCCGCAUCGCACGCGAGAUCUACCUCAGUCUCCCUUCAAUGCCGCCAACCGAGCCGCUUGCGACGCCUCGAACUCGCGUAUCGCUGUCCGACAAAGGAUCCAGCCUCAUGGGCGACGCCUCGAGCGAGGUGCCAGCCUGGUACGGCAACCUCGACCCCACACCCGCAGCCGACCUCGACGACAUCCUCGUGCGCUUCGGCAUCACGCCUGGCGAGACGUUCGAGUCGAUGGAUGCCCUCGAGCGGUACGCCGUCUCUCAGAUGGACCAGCCAGCCUACGCAGACGACGAUUUCGGCGAAGCCGAGAUGCAGAGCUACGACGGCUUCCCUGAUGAAGUGGCGUUCGAGAUGGACGCUGAACAGACGGCGGAGGCGCUCGACGAGCCGACGGUGCCGAGCGAGGCGUAUGUCGGGGAGGAAGCGGUCGUGGCGGAGCUUGAGCAGUCGGCGGAGGUACCCGACGAGCCUUCGGUUCCGCGGGAGAUGGACCCAGCGUUGGACGCCGAGCUAGGAGCGCUGUACGCUGAGAUCGGUCAGGUCGCUGUCGAGCAGCCUGCCGACUACGAGGCAAUUGCUCGUCGUGGGCGGGGCAGGAGGCGGGGAGGGACUUUGCGCGCGUAG